CGAGACGGACAUCGAUCGACAAAAGAAUGUCUGUAUCGACAAAAUCAAAGCAGUUGUCAAAAGAUUGCGGACUAAAGUGGAGGAAAUGGGAACCGCUCUCUUGGAAAGGGUUACCACUGUCUGCACUCAGAAGGAAAGGGAUUACAGUACGAAGAAAAACGAGUUGAAACGUAUGACACAAUCGUUUAUAUUCAUCGAGCAGUUUAUGACCGCCAUUCUGGACCUCAACGAACCUAUGAGUGUCCUGAAGGCACAGGACCUCCUCACCACUCAGUUGCAGAAGUUGUUGAAUAAGCCGUGCAGUCAUCCAGACUUCAUAAAACCAUUUAAGAUCGAAGUGAAGGACCAGUUAUCUGAUGGGAACGGCGAUGGACUGGAUAUAAACAAAAUGAUUGACGGGGUGUUGAAUAUGUGCUUUAGUGUCGUGACCAGUGAUGACACACCCAAACCAAGUGCUCAAAUGACUAACACAGCUAAUGCCUGUACUAAUAAAGACAACACCGGGUUAGACGAUGACAUCACAGAGAUAUUAGAAUUACCGAACUCUCGGCCCAACUCUAGAGGACAGACACGUCAGAUACAAACACAGACACAGUCACAGCUGCCGACAAAAGUAUUGGUGGCCACUAUAGGUAAUACACAAACCACAGCACAACACACUUAUGAUUAUUAUAACCAAAACCCGCAAUUAAAACAAAUGUUGACCGCAAACCCAAUGUCCGCU